ACGUCCACCCGUAAUAUCAGAAACAUCUCUUCAUAGACUGCUACAGAGCACAGCGGGGAUACGUAUACUACCGGACACAGUACAUGCAGGGUGAAUAACUCAAGACAAAAUGGUUUCCUUGCAUCUGACUUUGACCUUGCUGAUUAACUUCAGUCUGUUACAGUUGGGAAAGGGAUUUGAUGAUUGCAGCAGAUCCAAUAUCGAGGUGAUAAGUGGCAUCGAGCCCAGUGCGGAUCCCAUGACGACCAUGACAGCCUCCAGCGAGAGGGAUCCGGACCACGGGGCAGACAAAGGCCUGGCCCUCGGAAAGACAGGAUGGUCUCCGAGGACAGCUCAGAGGGGUGAAUGGCUUGAGGCUGACAUUGGGUCAUGGGCAUAUAUAAAACAGGUGAGGAUCGUAACACGUACACCGGGACUGAGAGUGAAAGUGGAGGCAUCCAUGGAUCUACAGGACUGGACAUUGGCCGAUAAGAUGAUCUCUAAAGGAGAAUACAUCAAGGCGGAGUUCAGUCGACCCGUUAUGGCGCAAUUCGUCCGCGUGACCGUCACCAAGGUGACUCGUGACGUCGAAUUGGAAAUGAUUGUGAUUGGCUGUAAACGACGGCGGGGAGUCGCCGUAGAGCAUCGGCUGUUUUCCGAGUACAGCGGUGGUCGCUAAUCAAGGAUUGUCAUUACGCCGCAUAUUACAUUAUUGUUUGCACAUAUUCUGAAAUACAAAGUACACUUUUGCCUCCUCUGAUUACCUUUAUUAGCUUUAUUGUCUCUAACCCAGUCUGACAGUAACCAAACAUGAGCAGCUCCGCAGGGCCUGCCCUAUCGGGUACAUGUAGUAAAGAAAGAAUAAGCCAGUUUGGACUUAUCUCAUAUCAGAAAUAUGAUAUCAGCGCUAAUGUUUCGACGAAAGAUGCUAAAAUUGGGAACGUUUAUAGCAAGUCUGUUUCUGAGAUAAAUGUGUCAAAUUUUAACUUUGGAUAUUAGAUUUGAUAUUUUUACGUCGCUUUGUGGAAUGCGACCAGCUACGUGCAUGUGUGGUUUCUUCCUCUACCCGGUUUCCUCUGCCUAGUUUCCUCCAUCCAAAAAAGAAAGAAAAACAAUACAGCUUGACUGAGCUGUAGCAUGCGUGAGUAAUGUUAUUCCUGCAACUACAGUUAACUGUAAUGUCCGACUGACAAAACUUCCUGAAACACGGGCGAAUUCUGCGUGGGCUAAAAACCACCAUGUGUCGCCUGGGAUCGUGUUUUAUGAAAAAAGCUAAACAUAAUGCUCAUGGAUAUCUCGCUCCUGCAGUUAUUGUUUUAAUUAAAGUUGGGUCCAGCUGG